AUGCGUAUCCUUCCCAUUCUCUCUCUGUUGCUCGGGGCGACAGCCACCCUCGCCGCCCAGCCAAAGCGGCAUAUUCCGCGCCACUGCGUCCUCCCGGACCUGUACGACGCGAGCGUGAAAGAGCUCUCGAACGGGAUGGAGGCUGGCUGCUUUACCGCUGUGGACCUUGUCAAGGCCUACUUGGCCAGGAUUGGGGAGGUCAACGAGGAGCUUCAUGCGGUUAUAGAGACUAACCCUGAUGCGUUGGAGAUCGCUGCGCAACUGGACAAAGACCGCGCAGCGGGGAUUAUCUGGGGUCCGCUGCACGGGAUCCCCGUGCUCGUAAAGGACAACAUCGGCACAGCAGACAAGAUGAACACCACGGCAGGGUCGUACGCUCUCCUGGGGAGUAUCGUGCCGCGCGACGCGCACGUCGUCAAGAAGCUCCGCGCGGCGGGAGCGAUCAUCCUAGGCAAGGCGAACCUAAGUGAGUGGGCAUAUUAUCGCGGAAGUGGGAUCAGCAACGGGUGGUCUGCCCGCGGUGGGCAGACCUCAAACCCCUACUACCCGAAGGGCGACACCUGGGGCUCCUCAUCCGGCUCUGCAGUAGCCGCCGCGGUCGGCCUUGCUGCCGUCACCCUCGGCUCGGAUACGGGGGGAUCCGUAAUCUGCCCUUCAGACAGGCAGAACGUCUUCGGCAUCCGACCCACGCUCGGCUGGGUCUCCCGUGCUGGAGUAGUGCCAUUGUCAGAACAUCAGGAUACCGUCGGGCCCAUCACGCGCUGGGCUGCCGACUCCGCCCUCGUACUCGAGAUCAUCUCCGGCCCUGACUAUAGAGAUAACUACACCCUCGCUCAGCCGGACGUCGUACCCCGGUACACGUACUACCUAGACGAGCACGCGCUGGAAGGGAAACGCAUCUGUGUCCCGCGGCAGGUGUUUAACCAGGACAACGUAACGCACAACGAUCCCAGCAUCGGAGUCGCGUUCAACAAGUCCCUCUUGGAGAUCGCGGGUUUGGGAGCGACGAUCGUCGACCCUGCUGAUAUGCCUUCUGUCCUCUCCGGCCUUUACCCGGCGAACGUCUCCACCGGCCUGGUGUUUGCUACGGACUUUAAGGUGGAUAUCAAGAACUACCUCUCGGAGCUCCUGGAUAUCCCUACGGGGGUACACGACCUUUCCGACCUGAUAGAGUUCAACAUCGCGCAUGCAGACCUGGAGCUCCCCCAGCUACAAAACAACCAAGCGAGCUGGCUGACCGCAAACGCCACCAAUGGGCAGGAUAACAGUACCUACCUAGCUGACGUCUGGCUUGACUACUAUAUUGGGCGCACGGCGGGUAUCCACGCUACGCUAGACAAAUACGGGUGCGACGCGAUCGUCCUCCCCUCCGAAGGGCGUACGACGACGAUAGCGACGAUCGCCGGAUGCCCGAUCAUCAACGUCCCGCUGUCCUAUUACCCAGAUACAGUGAACGCGACGGCGAUUCAUAAUGGCACGCAGUUUUUCCCUGCGCCGGGCAUUCCUUUUGGACUGAGCUUUUUGGGGAGACAGUGGGAGGACGCGGGCUUGUUGGGCUUGGCUUACGCUUAUGAGCAGGGGACGAAGCAUCGACUGGAGAAUAAGGCGUAUAAGAAGGCGACGCCGAAGACUCAGUUGGCGGAUGUUAUGUAA